CUGUCUUCUUCCUCCAAGUUAAGAAUGGUGAGCGAAACGCGCCCGCUCGCAGUCCUGUAGAUAAAGUGAAUCCAAAAAGCUGCAAUCAAGUCCACGGGGGCCUGAAACUGUCAGAGGGCACAUUUCCUGGAAUGCUGGACACUGAGUCCCCUGCCAUGGAGAGCAAUGGGGAUGCCUUUAUUCCAGACCUUCCUGUCUUAGGCCAGGCGGCUGACUGGUCACUAGACCAGGUUGCUCCAGAGCCUCUUGCCAACAUCUUGCCUGAGGACUCAGAUGUGUCUCAGGAUGCUAUGGGGCAAGAGCAGCAACCGGACCAGCAAAUUAAUUCCACAGAUUUGGGGUCUGUGGAGAAAGCUGUAGAGCAAUUUCAACUUGCCAGUGCUCAACUUUUCCAAGAACAGCCGCCACCGCCACCUCCACCUCCUCCACAACCCACAGAAGAUGCACAGCAAGCAACAGAGUCUGUAGGGUCUGAGCAGUGCAGCCAGGAGAUGAUUAUAGAGUCUGAAUCUGCUGGACAGGGUGACAGUCAAGAUGGGACUGAGGCUACACAGAUGGCCGAGGAUGUCAUGGAGCUAGAAGACCCAUCCAAAGAAACGACAGAAGAAUCGGCUGUUCCUACAGAACCCGAACUGCCUUCAGAGUUUGAAAAGCUUUUUAAAGGAGUUGAGGAAAACCCAGAAGACUUCAAUGCCUGGGUCUACCUGCUGCAGUAUGUAGAACAAGAGAAUGUCCUUACAGCUGUGAGAAAGGCAUUUGAUGUGUUCUUCCUACGUUAUCCCUAUUGCUAUGGCUACUGGAAGAAGUAUGCAGAUAUUGAGAAAAAGCAUGGCAAUAUACAGGUUGCUGAAGAGGUCUACAGAAGAGGCUUGCAGGCCAUCCCUCUCAGUGUCGACCUGUGGAUCCACUACCUGACCUUCAUUAAAGAGAACUCCGAUUCUACUGACCCAGAGACGGAGGGACGCAUUCGAGCCUCCUAUGAGCAUGCAGUGCUUGCAGCAGGCACAGACUUUCGCUCAGAUCGUUUGUGGGAAUCCUUCAUAAACUGGGAGACGGAGCAGCAGAAGCUGGCUAACGUCACCGCCAUCUACGACCGCAUCUUGGGCAUUCCAACCCAGCUGUAUUCCCAGCACUUCCAGAGGUUCAAAGACCAUGUGCAGAGUAACCACCCCAGGCACUUCCUGUCAGAAGAGGAGUUUGUUCAGCUGAGGCUCGAGCUCUCUAAAGCCAGCCUGUCUGGAAUGGUCGGUGACAGCGGAGAGUCACAAGUUGCUCAGGAGGAGCUGCCACCUGGUACGGAGGAUCUUGCGGAUCCUGCUAAGAGGGUGACUGAGAUCGAGAACAUGCGCCACAAGGUGAUUGAGGUGCGGCAGGAAGUGUUCAACCACAAUGAACACGAAGUCAGCAAGCGUUGGGCCUUUGAAGAAGGGAUUAAGAGACCAUACUUCCACGUCAAAGCCUUAGAGAAGACGCAGCUGAACAACUGGAAGGAGUACCUGGACUUCGAAAUUGAGAAUGGGACUCCGGAGCGUGUGGUGGUUCUCUUCGAAAGAUGCCUCAUCGCCUGUGCUCUCUACGAGGAAUUCUGGAUCAAGUAUGCAAAAUAUCUAGAGGGCUACAGCACUGAGGGUGUGAGACAUAUCUACAAGAAGGCAUGCACCGUCCACCUGCCCAAGAAACCAGCCAUCCACUUGCUGUGGGCAGCCUUUGAGGAGCAGCAAGGCAGCAUAGAGGACGCUCGCGGCAUCCUGAAGUCCCUGGAGGCAGCGAUCCCAGGUCUCGCCAUGGUGCGACUUCGGAGGGUCAGUCUGGAGCGUCGCCACGAUAACUUGGAGGAAGCAGAGGCGCUGUUGAGGGAGGCAAUGGAGUCUGCGAAAAAUGCUACUGAGGCAUCGUUCUAUGCUGUGAAGCUGGCCAGGCAGCUGAUGAAGGUACAGAGGAGUCUGGGCAAGGCGAGGAAGGUGCUGCUGGAUGCUAUUGAAAAAGACCAGACGAGUCCAAAACUCUACCUAAACCUGCUUGAGCUGGAAUACAGCAGAGAUGUGACCCAGAAUGAAGCAGAGAUCUUGGCCUGUUUUGACCGAGCCCUGAGGAGCCCGCUGCCUCUUGAAUCCCGUCUCCUCUUUUCCCAGCGCAAAGUCGAGUUCCUGGAAGACUUUGGCAGCGAUAUUAACGCGCUUGUGGCUGCCUAUGAAGAACAACAGAAAUUACAAAAAGAAAGUGAAUCGACAAAGAGGAAAGCCGAGAACGGGUAUGACAGCUCUCAGGAACCUGAUGCCAAGAGGCAGCGUGUGGAUGACGACUCUGCUGCUGUAGCAAACACAAUGACUGACAUGCAGGCAAAUGCCUCUGCGUACAACUAUAACUGGUACCAGCAACAGUAUGGUGGCUGGGGACAAAACUCCUGGGGGCAGUACAACCAGUAUGCCCAGUAUAACCAGUACUAUCCCCCUCCUUCUACAUGAUGGACAAAAUCCUGAUCUGAAGAUAGUGGCCUCUCAUCCCAUUUGAUCUUUUAUCGUGGAACAGGGCUUCUUACCACGGUGUCAUGGAAAUUUCACAAAGCUAUUUUUUGUUUUUCCCCUUUGCUCUGGUUUACAGUGUGCUAAUCAGCUCAACCACAUAUUGUAGCCCUAGGUAGGAGUAUAUUUGGCCCACCAUAAUCAGUUAUGUUUAAUUGUUAUAGUCAUCUUCUCCAGCAGCGGCUUCUUUUGGGUUCUUGAAUGCAUGUUAUUUGUGAAGGCAGAUUUAUUUUUCCCUGUGUGACACAAGCUUUUUAAUUUCUAGAUCAGAUGAGUUGGUUUUCCCGCUUUCUUUGUUGGAGAUUUGAGUUUGUGAGAGGAAGCAUUCAGUAAUGUCUGUCAUGAUCCUUCUCCCCAAUCACAAAGACUUUUAAUAUCUCAUGGUUAUGUUUCCCUAAAGAGCAAUGAAGAGUUCCUUUUUUAUUUUGACCUGAUUUCAUAAUAAAGAGAUUGAUAUCCUGA